AUGAACGCGCGGCGCACGCGUGGCGCGCGUUCCUGUCGCCUGCACGCGCGCCCUUUUGCAAGACUCCUCAUGAUUCCGAUAGUGAUCACACUUGCGAGAGCACAAAGUGGACGUUUGAGUGCGUUCGACCGGUUGGAGAACGUCACCCACACGGUUACCAGGAUCCUGGACGGGUACGACAUCCGGUUGCGACCUAACUUUGGUGGCGAUCCGCUGUUCGUGGGUAUGGAUUUGACUAUCGCAAGUUUUGACGCUAUAUCGGAAGUCAAUAUGGAUUACACAAUAACGCUAUAUCUUAAUCAAUAUUGGAAGGAUGAAAGGUUAGGUUUUGGACUGUCGGACGAGGUUCUCACCCUAUCUGGUGACUUCGCUGAUAAGAUAUGGGUUCCAGACACCUUCUUUGCUAACGACAAAAAUAGCUUCCUUCACGACGUGACUGAGCGCAACAAACUAGUUAGACUGGGGGGCGACGGCAGCAUCACCUACGGGAUGCGGUUCACCGCCACGCUGGCGUGCAUGAUGGACCUCCACUACUACCCCCUGGACAGCCAGAACUGCACCGUCGAGAUUGAGAGCUAUGGGUACACCGUGUCGGAUGUGGUGAUGUACUGGAAGGAGACCCCAGUGCGAGGAGUGGAAGACGCCGAGCUGCCACAGUUCACUAUACUGGGCCACGAAACUAACGAUAGGAAGGAAAAGUUGGCGACGGGCGUUUACCAGAGACUUUCGCUGAGUUUCAAGCUUCGCCGGAACAUCGGCUACUUCGUGUUCCAGACAUACUUGCCGAGCAUUCUGAUCGUGAUGCUCUCGUGGGUUUCUUUCUGGAUCAAUCACGAAGCCACUUCGGCCAGAGUUGCCUUGGGAAUAACUACCGUUUUGACGAUGACCACGAUCAGUACUGGCGUCCGCAGCAGUCUUCCCCGCAUCUCCUACGUGAAGGCAAUCGACAUCUACCUGGUGAUGUGCUUUGUGUUCGUCUUCGCUGCUCUGUUGGAGUACGCCGCUGUUAAUUAUACGUACUGGGGCGCCAGAGCCAGGAAGAGGGCAAAGUUAAAGAACAGGGACUUGUCGACUAGUAUCAGUAUGGAGAAGGAUAUGAAAUGUUCUGGUUCUCGGUCGCCAGAAGAAAUAAUAGCCCUGCGAGAGUGUAGCAGUACCGGCCGGGUGUCUCCAUUGCUAGGACUCCGCUCCAAGCCUCUGCCUGUCGCAGCGGGUGCCCCUCCCUCUUUGAGGUUGCAAAGAGACCAUACUCAUCUGCGAUACAGGAAUCGGCCACAUUCCAGGAACUCUAGAAAUGGUUCUACUGGUAAACCCAAGAUGAUGCACGCGCUCCGUCGCGGAGCCACCGUCAUCAAAGCUUCCAUGCCUAAAAUCAGGGAUGUCAAUGUAAUAGACACGUAUUCUCGAGUCAUCUUCCCGGUCUGUUUCCUCCUCUUCAACGCCGUCUACUGGGUCUUCUACAUAUUCGACUGAAACUAUUGUAAGGAAAUGAAAGGUUAAGUUCACAUUGG